AUGGAAUGUUAUACAUCGGAUAGCUGUGACAGUGACACCAGGGAGCAGAAAACCCUUGAUUUGUCGAGUCAAAUGUUGGAAUCACUCAGCCUAUCGUCGGAACUAAAAGGCAUUGUUGACGAGAAGGAUUGCGCAGAAAAUUACGAGAUAAUUCUCCUCUACAACAACAGGAUAAAGGCACUGCCUGAUACGUUAAACAGGUUUAGCAACUUGAAGAUAUUGGAUGUAAGCAACAACAGACUGACUGUGCUCCCGGAUAUAUUCAAACAUUGUCAGCUAACGUCGCUGAUAGCAAAACAUAAUCAACUCACCAAUGAAUCGCUUCCGAAGUCGUUCUUUAGUAAUAAGAGCUCGCUGCGAGAACUCAAUUUAAGUGGAAACCAAUUGAACUUCUUUCCAGAGCAAGUUUUAGAUAUAGCAUCUCUUAGAUACCUUUACUUAGGUGGUAACAACAUAGUCAACAUACCAAAGGACAUAUGGAAACUUAACAGUUUGCAGAUUCUAUCUUUAGGAGGUAAUCAAAUUAUCGAAGUUCCGGAAUCGGUUGGGCAUCUGACGGGGCUCCAAGCUCUGGUUUUGAGCGACAAUCUAAUUGAGCAACUGCCAGCGAGCAUAGCUAGAUUGAAUCAACUACGUUCCUUAUUAAUCCACAAGAAUAGAUUGAAGACAUUGCCCACGCAGAUAAUAAAACUAAAAUGUUUGACGGAGUUGAGUCUUCGCGACAACCCUCUAGUAGUGAGGUUUGUCAGAGACAUGACGUUGCAACCUCCUUCUUUAUUGGAACUGGCUGGUCGCACCAUCAAACUACAUGAGAUACCGAUACGACAAGGCGAAGUACCUUUAACGUUGAUGAGGUAUCUUGGAGCAGCUCAAUGUUGUGUUAAUCCCAAAUGUAAAGGUGUUUUCUUUGACAAUCGUGUGGAGCACAUCAAGUUUGUCGACUUCUGUGGCAAAUACCGCAUUCCACUUCUGCAAUAUCUAUGUAGCUCUAAGUGCAUCACUGGAAGUUGGGAGAGUCGCGAGGCAGAUAGCAAUCCUCAUCCUCACAUGAUGAGGAAAGUUCUCCUGGGCUGA